UUUCAUUCGGACGGGAGACAAAAUGUCCCACCGUAAGUUUUCGGCUCCUCGCCACGGAUCUCUAGGCUUCCUGCCCCGGAAGAGAUGCCGCCGUCACCGGGGAAAGGUCAAGAGCUUCCCCAAGGAUGACCCCAGCAAGCCCGUCCACAUGACCGCCUUCCUGGGCUACAAAGCCGGCAUGACCCACAUCGUCCGUGAGGUGGACAGACCCGGCUCAAAGAUGAACAAAAAGGAAGUAGUUGAGGCUGUGACCAUCAUUGAGACUCCUCCCAUGAUUGUGGUUGGAGUCGUGGGUUACGUCAACACCCCCCGUGGCCUGCGUACCCUCAAGACCGUCUUCUCUGAGCAUAUCAGUGACGAGUGCAAGCGUCGGUUCUACAAGAACUGGUACAAGUCAAAGAAGAAGGCUUUCACCAAAUACUGCAAGAAAUGGCAGGAUGACGAGGGCAAGAAGCAGCUGGAGAAAGACUUUGCUACCAUGAAGAAAUACUGUGAGGUCAUCAGAGUCAUCACCCACACACAGAUGCGUCUGUUGCCUCUGAGGCAGAAGAAGGCUCACCUGAUGGAGGUGCAGCUCAAUGGUGGCACCAUCCCUGACAAGGUGGACUGGGCUCGUGAGAAGCUUGAGCAAGCCAUCCCUGUCAACUCUGUCUUCGGCCAGGACGAGAUGAUCGACGUCAUCGGUGUUACAAAGGGUCACGGAUACAAGGGUGUCACCAGCCGUUGGCACACAAAGAAGCUUCCUCGCAAAACUCAUCGUGGUCUGCGUAAGGUGGCCUGUAUCGGUGCCUGGCAUCCGGCCCGUGUGGCGUUCUCCGUGGCCCGCGCUGGUCAGAAGGGUUACCACCAUCGUACAGAAAUCAACAAGAAGGUCUACAAGAUUGGCCAGGGCUUCCACACCAAGGAUGGCAAAGUGGUCAAGAAUAACGCCGCCACCGAGUACGAUCUGACAAACAAGAGCAUCAACCCCCUGGGCGGGUUUGUCCACUAUGGAGAGGUUAACAACGACUUUGUCAUGGUGAAGGGCUGUGUUGUUGGAACCAAGAAGAGGGUGCUGACUCUGCGCAAGUCUCUGCUGGUGCAGAGUAGCCGCCGUGCUUUGGAGAAGAUCGACCUCAAGUUCAUCGACACCACCUCCAAGUUCGGUCAUGGUCGCUUCCAGACCGUGGAGGAGAAGAAGGCCUUUAUGGGACCCCUCAAGAAGGACCGCCUCGCCAAAGAAGAGACUGUUUAAUGUCGGAACUUGACUGUCGCCAUCGCUACUGUUCUGCAGAGUUUAAUAAAAAAAGAAAAUCAAAGGAA